UAAAACUGUAGACAUUUCUACGUACGUAAGACCCAAUAUAUACUACUCCGUAGCUUGUAUCUUUUUUAUUCAAGAAAAAUAAAUUAAAGUUUUGCUUUUCCUGAUAUUUUAUUGUCAUCUGCUUCUUCUGUUCUUUCUGGUAGAUCGAGUAUAGUAGCUAGUGAUGGGGAAUUGCGCUGGUUUUUCCGCAAGAGUUGACGCCACUCAGAGCUCCCACAUCUCUUCUGCUUCUGAAGCUUCUCAAGUUCCCAAGAAAAGAGGAGAGUCCCCUAACCUGUCUUCUGCUUUAACGCUGCCUUCAUCAUCAUCUUCAUCUGGUCAAAAACACAGUGAGGGUAGUAGGCUUCCUACCCCAAGGUCCGAAGAAGAAAUAUUACAAUCCCCAAAUGUGAAAGCCUUCACGUUUCUUGAGCUGAAGAAUGCGACCAAAAAUUUCAGAAGGGAAGGCCUUCUAGGGGAAGGAGGGUUCGGGUAUGUAUACAAAGGAUGGAUAGAUGAACAUACCCUCAACCCUACAAAACCAGGAUCUGGUAUUGUCAUCGCCAUUAAGAAGUUAAAGCCUGAAGGCUUUCAAGGCCAUAAAGAAUGGCUGACUGAAGUUAAUUACCUCGGGCAACUUCAACAUCCAAACCUGGUUAAACUAAUUGGAUACUGCUUAGAUGGUGACAACCGGCUAUUGGUGUAUGAGUUCUUGUCUAAAGGCAGCUUGGAGAAUCACCUUUUUAGAAGGGGGUCACAGCCCAUGAGUUGGGCCACCAGGAUUAAGGUAGCUAUUGAUGCGGCAAGAGGUCUUGCUUUUCUGCAUAAUGCUAAAGAGGCUGUUAUAUAUCGUGAUUUUAAGGCAGCUAAUAUUCUUCUCGACACGGAAUUCAACUCCAAGCUCUCAGAUUUCGGUUUGGCUAAGGCUGGCCCGACAGGUGGCCGCACUCAUGUGACUACUCGAGUAAUGGGUACACAGGGCUAUGUAGCACCAGAAUAUAUUGCUACAGGUAGGUUGACGACAAAAAGUGACGUUUAUAGCUUUGGUGUGGUGUUGCUCGAAUUAUUAUGCGGUCGUCGUGCCGUUGACAACUCUAAACAAGGUGCAGAGCAACAUCUUGUGGAGUGGGUGAAACCAUACAUGGAGGACAAGAGGAAGCUGUUUAGGAUCAUGGACACUAAAUUGGGAGGACAGUACCCUCAGAAAGGAGCAAUAAAAGUUGCAAGCCUUGCUCAAAGAUGUCUAAUCCGGGAAUAUAAGCUUAGGCCAUGUAUGUCUCAAGUUUUGGACGAGCUUCAACAACUUCAAGCCCCAAAAGGCCGCCUCUCUUAAGUUCUCCGGCCUAGUUGGAUAUGUGGUUUGAUAUACCUGUUUGAAAAUUUUAAAAAUUUAAUACCCACUUGUUUUCACUCUCUUCUUCAUCGUAUUGAUUUCAUUUCUUGCAAAAAAAUAGAUUUUCAAGGGGCCGGCCCGCAGAUAGAAGGAACAUUGGAAGUAUGGGAAGCCUAGGAGAGUUGCAAAUUAACUGAGAGAGAGCGAUAAGGGAGGAUGGAAGGAUUCAUGAUUUUAGUUGAUAGUAAUGCCCAAGAUAAUGACUUAGAGACUCGUAGGGAAGGAGGUAGAGAUGAGUUGAGUUUAAGGGAAUUCCUUUUCAAACGUCCCUACUAACAUACACGUGACCCAUACUAAGAUCGAGACAACGAUAGACUUUGUAAUUGGUGCAUAACCAAUAAAAAUACAAAAUGAAUGAAGUGUGGG